GAACGGUAGCGGUUUAUCUCCUACUACCUACCUAUGUACCCACAAUGCCUUAGACUCCGGCAAGGAGGAUUUACAACCUCCUGAAGGCGGAGGCGUGUUGAAGGACUGCUGUCGGUGCUCGGCUCUGCUGGAGUCUCUCGCCUCAUGAAGCGGUUUAGCCUCAAAUAAGUUGUAUUAGUUUUAAAGAAGCGCGAUGGCAGCCGCGCCGGCGCUUUACUCGAAGUUUGCUCGGGUCUGGAUUCCUGAUGCUGUGGAGGUGUGGAGAUCAGCAGAGCUCACCAAAGACUACAGCCCUGGAGACGCUGCUCUACAGCUACAGCUUGAAGAUGGCACAGAGUUGGAGUAUAAAUUAAACCCCAAAGACAACACCCUACCCCCUCUCCGCAACCCAGACAUCCUGGUGGGUGAGAAUGACCUGACAGCGCUGAGCUACCUGCACGAGCCUGCUGUGCUGCACAACCUGCGUGUCAGAUUCAUUGACUCAAAGCUUAUCUACACCUACUGUGGUAUCAUCUUGGUGGCCAUUAAUCCUUAUGAGUCUUUGCAUAUCUAUGGAGAAGAUAUCAUCAGUGCAUACAGUGGGCAGAAUAUGGGGGACAUGGACCCUCAUAUUUUCGCUGUGGCUGAGGAAGCCUAUAAACAGAUGGCCAGAGAUGAGAGGAAUCAAUCUAUCAUAGUAAGUGGAGAGUCAGGAGCAGGGAAGACUGUGUCUGCUAAAUAUGCUAUGCGCUACUUUGCAACAGUCAGCGGCUCCUCCACGGAGGCCAGUGUUGAGGAAAGAAUAUUGGCUUCCAGUCCAAUAAUGGAGGCCAUUGGAAAUGCCAAGACAACCAGGAAUGACAACAGCAGUCGCUUUGGGAAAUACAUAGAGAUUGGAUUCGAUAGGAAGUAUCACAUCAUCGGUGCUAACAUGAGGACGUACCUUCUGGAAAAGUCCAGAGUGGUGUUUCAGGCAAGUGAAGAGCGCAACUACCACAUCUUUUACCAGCUCUGUGCCUCUACCCAUUUACCUGAAUUCAAAGCUCUGCAGUUAGGCAGCACGGAUGAGUUUCACUACACUAACCAAGGCAAAAGCCCUGUCAUAGAUGAAGUGGAUGACGCUCAGGAAAUGCAAACCACCCGGAGGGCUUUCUCGCUUCUGGGAAUUCAUGAAAGACAGCAGAUGGAUUUGUUCCAAAUCUUGGCCGCAAUUCUUCACCUUGGCAAUGUGGAAGUGACUGGGAGAGGCUCAGGAAAUUGCAGUGUUUCUGCUGAAAACUGUUACCUGACUGUGUUCUGUGAACUGAUGAUGGUGUCUUGUGAGUCCAUGGCCCACUGGUUGUGUCAUAAAAAACUGAAAACAGCCACAGAAACCUUGAACAAACCUUUGGCCAAAACUGAGGCUGUGGAUGGCCGUGAUGCAUUGGCAAAACAUAUCUAUGCUAGACUUUUCAACUGGAUAGUCAGCCAGAUCAACAAGGCUCUGCGUUCGUCUAGCAUGCAGCACUCCUUCAUUGGGGUGUUGGACAUCUAUGGGUUUGAAACAUUUGAAAUCAACAGCUUUGAGCAGUUUUGCAUUAACUAUGCCAAUGAAAAGCUCCAGCAGCAGUUUAACUUGCACGUGUUCAAACUGGAGCAAGAGGAGUACUUGAAAGAACAGAUCCCUUGGACACUGAUUGAUUUCUAUGACAACCAGCCAUGCAUUAACCUGAUUGAGGCCAAGAUGGGGGUGUUGGAUCUGCUUGACGAGGAGUGCAUGAUGCCAAAAGGAUCGGAUGACUCGUGGGCUCAGAAGCUCUAUAACACCCACCUGAAAAAGAGUGCUCAUUUUGACAAACCACGCAUGUCUAACAAGGCCUUCAUCAUCCAUCAUUUUGCUGACAGGGUGGAGUAUCAGUGUGAGGGGUUUCUGGAGAAAAACAAAGACACGGUGAAUGAGGAACAGAUAAAUGUGCUGAAGUCGAGUAAGUUUGCGUUUCUGCUAGAACUUUUCCAGGAAGAGGAAAACACUCCGUGUCCUACGGGCACAGCAGCAUCUGGCCGCACAAAGAUAGCACGAGUGGGCCAGUCCCUCAGAGAGCACAAGAAAUCUGUUGGUUUACAGUUCCGGAACUCUCUGAAUUUGCUCAUGGACACCCUGAAUGCUACGACCCCUCAUUAUGUGCGCUGCAUCAAACCCAAUGAUCACAAAUCUCCUUUCAUGAUGGACCCCAGUAGAGCAGCACAGCAGCUGAGAGCAUGUGGAGUUCUGGAGACUGUCCGUAUCUCAGCAGCAGGCUUUCCAUCCAGGUGGACAUAUCAGGAGUUUUUCGUCCGGUACAGAGUGCUGAUGAAACAGAAAGAUGUGCUCUCAGACAAGAAGCUGACAUGCCAGAAUGUUCUAGAACAGCUGAUACAGGACUCGGAUAAGUAUAAGUUUGGGAAGACAAAGAUCUUCUUCAGGGCAGGACAAGUGGCAUAUUUAGAGAAACUGCGGGCUGACAAGCUUCGUGCAGCUUGUGUCCAGAUCCAGAAGACCAUUCGCUGCUGGCUCGCUCGCAAGAAAUAUCUGCGUCUGCGCCGAGCCACAGUCACCAUCCAGAGAUAUGUGCGGGGACAGCAGGCUCGAGCCUUGUGUAAGUCCUUACGGAGGACAAAGGCAGCUGUGGUCAUUCAGAAGUACCAGCGUAUGUGUGCAGCCAAGCGACUGUACCAGCGGAAGCGAGCUGCAACAGUGCUUCUUCAGCGCCUGCUACGCGGCCACGCUGCCAGACUUCGGCACAGACAGCUGCGAUAUGAGCAGAAGGUGGUGGUGGUGCAGCGCUGGGUUCGUGGCUGGCUGGCGCGGCUGAGGUACAGACGGACCGUACAGGCUGUAGUGUAUCUGCAGUGCUGUGUGCGCCGGAUGCUGGCACGCCGAGAGCUCAAGAAACUCAAGAUUGAAGCACGGUCAGUCGAGCACUACAAGAAACUCAACGUUGGCAUGGAGAACAAGAUCAUGCAGCUGCAGAGGAAAGUGGAUGAUCAGCAUAAGGAGAACAGGGAGCUGUUGGAGCGCUUGAUUGUGGUUGAGAGUAGUAGCGCGUCUGAGUUGGAGAAAUUGCGCUCCCAGAUAGAGGCCCUACAGGGAGUGGAGGAGAACGCUCAACGUCUUGGUGACCAGGUGUCCACCCUAGAAGAGGAGCUGGGAUUGACCCGUGAGGAAUUGGAGAGGAACAGAAAGAUGGUUGAAGAGUUGAAUGAGAAGAACAGUCUUCUGAAGAGUGAGAAAGAUGAACUGAACAUGCUGAUAAAGGAACAGAGCCAGCAGAUUACUGAUGAGCUGCAGAAAGACUAUCAGGAGUGCAUUGAACAUCUGCAGACAGAUCUGAAUGAAGAGCGGACUCGCUACCAGAACCUUCUGACUGAACACCUCAAACUGGAGGAGCUGCAUGCUGAUCUGAUAUCAGAGAGAGAGGCUGCAGCAAAUAUGUCCAAACCUGGUCACGUAAGGACAGACUCUGCUUACAGCAGCAACGAAUCACAGUAUACUCACUGCUCUGAGUUUACAGGGUCAGAAGUCAGCUUACAGGGUCAAGAGGAGGAGCUGCAGGGAGCUGUAGACGUUGCUCUCCUGCUGAAGCUGCAGAGGCGAGUGGCUGAGCUGGAGCAGGAGAAGCUGAACCUGCAGAGUGAAUGGGACUCCAGAGAAGAGCAGCUCCAACAGGACCAUGUCAAGGAACUGGGUGAGUGUCGGAGAACAUUAGGAGCUGAGAGAGACUAUGAGGCACAGAAGCGGCAAGAGCUGGAGUCAGACAAUAAAAGACUGAAGAAGGACCUGAAUGAGCUGCGAGUGUCUCUGAGUCUGGGGAAAGGAUCAGGGCGGGCAUCCCCUGGAGCCCCAGCCUAUAAUGUUCUCCUUGAGCAGCUAAGCUCCAUCACUGAGGAACUGGAAAUCCGAAAGGAGGAGGUGCUUCUUCUGCGCACUCAGCUGGUCAACCUGGAGGCCUUCAAAUAUAAGGAAGCAGCAAGUGAAGGCGACUCUGGUGAAACCAGUAGAUCCCCCACUCUGGAUCUGCAUGAACUGAAUGAGGAUGGAGAGCUGUGGAUGGUAUAUGAGGGCUUGAAAGAAACUAAUAGGUUGUUGGAGUCUCAGCUGCAGACUGAGAGACAGGAUCAUGCUGAGGAGCUUCAGGCUCUGAGAGCAGAGCUGCAGGCGCUGAAGGAGGAGAGAGACCAGCAGCAGCAGCUUCUCUCAGACACACUGAAGCUGCCUCAGGACGGUCGCGUGCAUGCUGCCCUUCAGCACGAGAUCAGCCGCCUCACCCGCCAUAAUGUGGAUCUAAUGGAGCAGAUGGACAAACAGGACAAGACCAUUCGCAAACUAAAGAAACAACUGAAGAUGUACAUGAAGAAGGUCGAGGAGUCAGGCCAAGUCCAGAUAGAUCAGCCCAUUCUAGAAAACAAGGCAAGUGAAGCACUUCCAUCAGUCAGCAUUAUCCGCAAAGAGCGACACUGCCAGGGCAUGCUGGAGUGUAGGAAGGUGGAUGAGAGCAAACUGCUCAGGUCCCUCAUAACAGAUCUGAAGCCCAGAGGGGUUGCUGUGAGCCUGAUCCCAGGCCUGCCGGCCUACAUCCUCUUCAUGUGUCUGCGCCACGCCGACUACACCAACAAUGACCAGCAAGUCUGCACGCUGCUCAACUCCUCCAUCAACAGCAUCAAGAAUGUGCUGAAGAAAAAGGGGGAUGACUUUGAAACAGUUUCAUUUUGGCUGGCCAACACCUGCCGCCUCCUGCAUUGCCUGAAACAGUACAGUGGAGAAGAGUCUUUCACUAAGCACAACACCCCUCAGCAGAAUGAGCAGUGCCUGCUGAACUUUGACCUGGCUGAAUACAGGCAGGUUCUGAGUGACUUGAUCAUCCAGAUCUACCAACAGCUUAUCAAGUGCAUGGAGAGCGUCCUUCAGCCUAUGAUUGUGGCAGGCAUGUUGGAGCAGGAGACCAUCCCAGUAGUGUUGGGGCUGAAGCCCACAGGAUUGAGGAAACGUACCUCCAGUUUUCCUGAGGAAAGCUCCUACACUCUGGACUCUAUUCUGAAACAGCUUGAAUUAUUCCAUUCCACUUUGCUGCAGCACGGCAAUGACCCUGACCUCGUCAAACAAGUGGUCAAGCAGCAGUUUUAUUUCAUCUGUGCUGUCACACUUAACAGUCUGCUUCUGCGCAAGGACAUGUGCUCCUGGAGCAAAGGGCUGCAGAUCAGGUAUAAUGUGAGUCAGCUGGAGGAGUGGCUGAUGGAUAAGGGAAUUCAGGGCGGUGGAGUGCGGGAGAUGCUCGAGCCACUCAUUCAGGCUACUAAACUGCUGCAGGUCAAUAAAAAGACUGAGGAAGAUGCAAAAGCCAUUGCCACAAUGUGCACCGCUCUUACCGCUGCACAGAUUGUGAAGAUACUCAACCUUUACACACCAGUCAAUGAGUUUGAGGAGAGAGUGUCUGUCUCGUGCAUGAAAUCCGUACAGGCCUUGUUAAAGGACCGGCAGGAAUCUCCUCAGUUGCUGAUGGACAGUAAAACAGUGUUCCCCAUCACAUUCCCCUUUAACCCUUCUUAUGUGGCCCUGGAGAACAUUCAGAUACCCGCCAGCCUCAACAUCAACUUUCUCACACGCCACUAAACUGCCUCCGCAGGGACGUCAUGAUUGGAUUUUCUUGAAGCCAAAUGAAAUCUUCCAUGGAACUAAAGUUAAAACAGAGGCUUUAGCUCUCAGUUUACGUUACAAGUAAGUUUAAAGAACCAAAUUACAAGCAAAAUGACCAAAGUUACUUUUAUUUGCCUCAAUUCCUCUAUGGAAUCUGUUCUGACCUGCUGCUCCAAAGUUGACAGCAUCUGCUCUUGAAAACAAGAGAAUGUGAAAACAAUAUUUCUGAACAUAGUAACUUGAGCAUGGUGGUUAAUUCUCUCACCAUAUUCAUGUGUAUUCACCUUUUAUUACUAAGCACUUAGUUCUGUAGAAAGGAGACUUUAAUUUUUGAAUGCACUUCACAAGUUUGUAGGGGAUGUCUCUGGGUUUAGCUACUAAGAAAUGAGUAUGUUGCCUUAAUGUUAACAGACGUUGAGUAGUCAACAGAUGGUGCUGAUGAGUAUUUGGUACAUUAAUCUGUUCCUGUGUUGAAAAUGUUAUUUUUGUACAACACUGACUUGAAUUGAUGUCUGUGGUGGUCAGUUUGCCUCUUAAGUAAAUGUAAACUCACUAUAUAUUUGUACUGCAUGAAGUUGGGACAGUGUUAUAUGGAACAUGUUAUUAUGCUCUUAGCCUCUGCUUUUUCUUAGUUAACCUGUAGUUUUAAUAUCAUUUAAUUUCUAUUGUAAGUCUUUGUGCCCAAAACCCAAAAGGUGUGGGUUGGAAAUGGAAUGGAAAAGGCUUCGACCAGCGCAUAGGUGAUUUAGAUAUUUAUUUUAUUAAGUUAUUAAGGAUUGUUUAUUAAACAAUAAUUAAGCAAAGGGUUUUGCACCCAUAUAUAUGUACAUAUGUGUGAGUAGGAAUAUUCAGAAAAAAGAGAGCAAACUUGACAAGUUUGACAGUGUUUUAAUGUUAUUUAAAG